ACCUGCUGAUUCUACUCUGCUUUCCAGAUGUUGCAUACUCAGAUAGUGAUGUCCCAUCAGAAAACCAUUGUGUGAAUGAAGAUCACAGGAUGCCUUCAGACCCAGAGGGGCUCUUGGAGUCAGCAGACCCUAAACCAAUAGAGAACUGCCAGUCACAAGAGCCUUCAACAGAUAUGCAAAAGCUCCACAUUGAUGAAGACCGUGCUCUGUGUGCCGGUGGUUCAGAGACUGAUUCUGGGAAAGCGUCGGAGGACUCUGCACUAGCGGACAUUGGCCAUGAUGGCUCGGGUGAGUUUGUCGUAACCAUGUUAGCCCGGCGUCAGAUCGAAGAGCAGGGAUUGGGUAUUGAAGAAGUCUCGUCCCCUUUAUCCGAGACUGGCACUCCUCUGGGACCUUCCUCGCACAGGAACGAGGAUGUGACGGCGGAUAGUUGGAGACAGCACAGGAAGCAUGUGUUUGUGCUGAGCGAGGCUGGGAAGCCCAUCUACUCCCGAUAUGGAAGUGAGGAGGCCCUGUCCUCCACCAUGGGAGUGAUGAUGGCCCUGGUGUCCUUCGUUCAAAGUGGAGACAACAUCAUCCGUUCGGUCUAUUCCGAUGAGCACACAGUUGUGUUCAUGCAGCUGGGUCCUCUGGUGCUGGUGUCCGUCUCCAGCAGCCGUCAAUCAGAGCAGCAGCUCCGGAACGAACUGCUCUACGUCUACAACCAGAUCAUCAGCAUGCUCACGCAGGCCAGCAUCACCCGCAUCUUCGAGCACAAGAAGAACUAUGACCUGCGUCGUCUGCUGGCCGGCUCGGAGAAGAUUCUCGACGGCCUCCUAAACCUCGUAGAUUCAGACCCCAGCUUCCUACUCUCCGCCGUGCACUGUCUCCCCUUGGCCUCGUCUCUCAGGGACUCCCUCAGUCAGAUUCUCCAGAAGGCCAUCACUGCUAACCUGGUCUUCUCCAUCCUCAUAGCCAAGAACCAGCUGCUCACCAUAGUGCAAGAGAAGAUGGUCAUUGACGAGGCCCGACUGGAGCCUGCUGACCUCCACCUCCUGCUAAACCUCAUCGGGGCCUCGUCUGCCUUCCAGGCUGGGGAGAUCUGGACGCCCAUCUGCCUGCCCAGUUUUAACCCUGACUGUUACUUUUAUGCGUACAUCUCAUAUCUGGACCCUCCUGAAUGCACUGUUUGUCUGGUUCUUCUCUCUACUGAUAAAGAGGCGUUUUAUUCGGUGGCCGGGUGUAAGAGGAAGAUCGAGGAGGCUAUGCAAACGCAGAAUGCGCUCAGCUCCAUAGCGAAAGCUCAUUCGUACAGCGUUAGUCAGGUGGGAGUAUCUGACCUCAGGCAUUUCAUGUACAAGCCUUUUGAUGUGCCCGACAACCAUCGCCAGCUAACACAGUUCACCAGCCCAGAGAUGGAAGCCCCUUACAGCAGUGAGGAGGAGCAGAUGAGACUCCUGGACCUGUACAGAGACAUGCACGGCCGAAUCCACAGCACCUCACGUCCCCUCAAGCUCAUCUAUCAUGUGGCCGAACGUGAGACUCUGCUGGCCUGGGUCACGAGUAAAUUUGAGUUGUAUACAUGCUUCAGCCCACUUGUCACAAAAACCUGUGCCAUCAAUGCCAUCACCAAACUGCUGCGCUGGAUCAAGAAGGAGGAAGACCGUCUGUUUAUCCGAUACCCUGCAAAAUACUCCACCACCCCCAACCCCAAUGCACACUGACCAGACCAACUUAAAAUGUCACGACGUGCAUCUCUGCAUUCGAACUUAACUCCGUUUAG